AUGAAAUCCUUGUUCAGAUAUCAUUUCAUUAAUAAAGUCAGUAUUUCUUCAAUAAAUCAGAAUACAUUGAUUCCUUUAUAUAAGUCAUCAAUUUCAGGUAUUUAUGAUAUAUAAUCAUAUUGUUAGAUUAGAAAUUAAACAAUUUUUAAUAAUCUUAUGUACCAUUUAAAGAAUACUUUUAACUUGUUCCUAUUUUUCUUGAAAGAUAUUUAUUUGAUCAUGGCAAACAUUUUGUUGUUGGAAUGUAAUACUCAAAAGAAUCUAAUCUAUUGUAAUUGAAAUGUAUGGCACAUUCAGGAAUUUAUACUAAAUAUGUUUGAAUUAUUUCUUAUAAUAGGUUGUUCCUUAAAACAUUAUUCCUGUUACUUUUGGUGAUUACAAUUAAAGUUGUAGAUUUAAUUUAUUUGAGCAUACAAUUAGAGUUGACUAUGAUAUGAUUUAUUAUAACAAUCAGCAAAAUGAAUUUUACCUUUUUGAUAGGGAAGGUAAAUGGGAAGAAGUCGAAAUUCCAGAAUUAUCAAUAGAAAAAUUGUUUGAUGAGAAGAAAUAUUUGAACGAAGUCUUCAGAUGAUCAAGAAUAAAUAAAUAUAUAAAAAUAUUAAUUAUUUUUAACAA